AUGACCUUUUGUGGUGGAGGCGAGGACGUACCGUUCCAUAGUUCCUUGGAGGCCUUCACGGAUGCAACUGGCUCCUUUACCUGGACAGAGUCAGCCCAGCAGCCUCCCAGGGACACUGGGAGGUGGCAGAUUCCAGCAACGGUCUUCUGUCCCCAGGUGCCUCCCCAGACUCCUCGGAGCCUCCACUGCAGUGCAGCUGCCCACAACUCCGAAUCGUCACUGGUUCCGGGCCCACCUGAGCCCCGGCGGAAGCCCAUCAAGGCCCUGUCGCCCUAUGAGGACCUGUUUAGGCAGGCACCAGGUGUCGAGCGGGACAAGGCGAGCUUCGUGCGGACUGUGCAGAACUUUGGGCAGCACAACGUGCACAAGCGGGGCCACGUGGACUUCAUCUACCUGGCGCUGCGCAAGAUGCGGGAGUUCGGCGUGGAGCGCGACCUGGCGGUGUAUAACCUGCUGCUGGACGUCUUCCCCAAGGAGGUCUUCCGGCCUCGCAACGUCUUCCAGCGCAUCUUCGUCCACUACCCACGGCAGCAGGAGUGCGGGAUCACCGUUCUUGAGCAGAUGGAGAACAACGGGGUGAUGCCUAACAAGGAGACGGAGUUCCUGCUGAUUCAGAUAUUUGGACGCAAAAGCUACCCCAUGCUCAAGUUCUUGCGCAUGAAGCUGUGGUUACCCCGCUUCAAGAACAUCAGCCCCUUCCCUGUGCCCCGGGACCUGCCCCAGGACCCUGUGGACCUGGCCAAGUUGGGCCUGCGGCGCAUGGAGCCCGACCUCAGCGCCAAAGUCACCGUCUACCAGAUGCCUUUGUCCAAAGACUGGACAGGUGCACUGGAUCCCACCCAGCCCCACAUCGUAGGAAUCCAGAGUCCUGAUCAGCAGGCUGCCCUGGCCCGCCACAACCCAGCCCGGCCUGUCUUCGUCGAGGGCCCCUUCUCCCUGUGGCUCCGCAACAAGUGUGUCUAUUAUCACAUCCUCAGAGCUGAUUUGCUGCCUCCUGAGGAGAGGGAAGUGGAGGAGACUCCGGAGGAGUGGAACCUCUACUACCCAAUGCAGCUAGACCUGGAGUAUGCGAGGGGCGGCUGGGAUGACUAUGAAUUUGACAUUGAUGAAGUGGAGGAAGGUCCUGUCUUCGCCAUGUGCAUGGCAGGUGCCCACGACCAAGCGACACUGGCCAAGUGGAUCCAGGGCCUGCAGGAGACCAACCCAGCCCUGGCCCAGAUCCCCGUCGUCUUCCGCCUGGCCGGGUCCACCGGGGAGCUCCUGACGUCCUCCCCGGGGCUGGAGGAGCCAGCCCGGCCACCACCACCUGAGGGCCAGGAGGAGGAAGACACUGUGCAGCGACAGCAGCAGGGCCAGAGUUGAGUAUGAGCUGGCUGGAGGGCGCAGACUGUGGCCCGAGGAGGUCGUGGACUGGUGUGAAAGCAUGACAUGGCCUUUGAGUGUACAGCAAAUAAAAGUUGCCCCGCUUGAUGGGGCUGCCUUCCCUCUUCUCUGGCAGUGUGGCAUCGCC